CGAAAUUGUAGAAGUAUGAAUAAAAUUCAAGAAACAGCGUGGCGCCGUUUAGUCCUCUGGUCGGGUUCAUUUAAUUUUUUCAAUUUAUCAGAGUGACGGAUCGCGAUAGCGUAUGUUCGGUCUCCGGCGGUGCCUUGUCGCUCCGAAUAAAUAGUCAAACUGAACACAUAUCGCGGUCAUUACACAAAUUAGUCUCACUAAAGCAGUACGGUUCGCCUCUUAUUCGAAAUAUUGACAUUUUUGUCAUCUGUGAUAUAGAUAGCGCGACUCCGUAUCUUUUUAAUAAUUUUAGGUUAAAUCCUAUAAAUUGUGAUGAUCAGUGUGGCGAUAUAGAGGUGAUAAAUCGGACUGUGGCAGCUCAUUUCAGUGUCUAGGACAUUUAAACAAAUUAUAAUGGAGGCUUCGAAAAUUAACUACAAUUUGGACGUAACGCCGAAUUACUCGUACAUAUUCGAGUUUGAAAACGAAUUUAUUCAUCAUAACUAUAGAAAAUGGAUGACAGAAAACUGGACUGUAGCAUUCUACUAUGUUGGCGUUUACAUGGCUUUCAUUUUCUUUGGACAAUACUACAUGCAGAAUCGGCCCAGGUUUGAACUCCGGCGCACCCUGCUCGUGUGGAACAGCGCGCUCGCCGCCUUCAGCAUCAUGGGCGCAUGCCGGACGUUGCCUGAAUUCAUCCAUGUACUCAGGAACCAUGGCAUCUACCAUUCCAUUUGUGUCCCUAGUUUCAUCCUCCAAGACAAAGUGUCCGGCUUCUGGACGGUGAUGUUCGUGCUGUCCAAGCUGCCGGAGCUCGGCGACACGGUGUUCAUAGUGCUGCGCAAGAAGCCACUCAUCUUCCUCCACUGGUACCACCACAUCACGGUGCUGCUGUACACCUGGUACUCGUUCACAGAGUACACGUCGUCCGCACGUUGGUUCGUCGUCAUGAACUAUUGUGUUCAUAGCGUGAUGUACUCGUAUUACGCUUUAGUGAGCAUGGGCAAAUACCCACCCAAGUUCCUCGCCAUGACGAUCACGUUCCUGCAGCUCACACAGAUGAUAGUCGGCUGCGCUAUCAACAUUUGGGCGCACAACUACCUGGCGACCGGGCCCCCGGACACGUGUCACAUCAGCCAGAUCAACAUCAAGCUAUCUAUGGCCAUGUACUUCUCAUACUUCGUGCUCUUCGCUCGGUUCUUCUACAAGGCCUACCUCUCCCCCAAGGGUAAGAAGGCCAAACAGGAGCCGCUUCCGGAGGAGGUGAGCUCCAAAAAGGUGGAUCCAAACGUGUUCCCGAGACAGAGGAACGGCGUCGUCGCGCACUAGUCGACCACAGUUUGUGAUAUGUGCUAGGUUAAUGUACAGGUUAUGGCUGUUAUCUGCGACGAUUGAAACACUUGCCGGAUUGUUUUAUUUCAAUGUAUUCUAGUCUUCGAUCAGUAAUGAUAACAUUCAGUGUCCUAAAGUUGACAAUGAUGUGACAAGGACAGAUAUAUUAGGGUUGAGAAUGUGAAGGAACGGGAUAGGCAAAAGCUACCCAAAUGUUCAUGCAUUUGGGUGCUGUUUUAACGAAAUGUAAUUUUUGAAUUUUGUCAUUACUAAUCGAAGUGUAAAGUGUUUUUACUGUAUUAUCAAUACGUGAGUACAGUGGAUAGCUAUAUAAUAGUGCCUAUAUGAUUUGAACUGAAAUGAUAAGUGCAAGUAAAUAUUUUUAAAUUGAUCAUAAAAUGUUAGUAUCCUAACCAAAUGUCCAAACGUAUAUAAAAAAAAAGUCGUUAACGACAUUUCUAUGAUUAACAAAUAAAGUCUAUGACAACUGAAUAAUAAAAAAAAAAAAUUAAUCAUCUAGAAGUUUCUCCUCCAUAAGACUGCAGUAAACUUUAAAAUAUUAAAUUAGUAUCUUGGUUUUGGUUUUAGUAAUACUAUUAGUAUUGCCUGUAGAGCCAAAUGGAAAGAUUUCAAAAAGCUCGCCAAGUUAUUUAUCAUCGUAAAUGACUUAUUACCUGACAGUGACGAAAACAGUUUAAUUAUGUGCAUGUAAGUCUAUUCGGCAUUUUUUGGCAAUUUUAAUAAAAAUAAUCAAUUCCUGUAACAAUUAAUUACUUAGCCAAAAACUUGUAAAAAGUAAUUAAUUAAUUUUAUAAUUUUAUGUUGCUGUGAUGGUUAACCUGUAAUUAUGUAAUUACAGACUGUAAUCGUAAGACCUUGCAAGAGUUGACAGUUCAAAUAUAAAACCGUUUAAGUAUAAAUCAAAUAAUACCAACCGGGGGUAGGUUGUUUUUUUUAUACAACUUAGAAUGGUACACAAGCUGACGGCCCACCUGAUGGAAAGUGGUAACCGUCGCCUAUAGAAAUGAGCAGUACCAUGGACAUAACAGAGUAUACUGUUUUGCCCAUGAUACCCCCCAUGCGUUGCCAUUCCUGAGGACUCAGGUGUUAUACCACUGUACCCGGUAAAUUCACGCUGUUAAAAGCUUGCAAAGAAUAUUUGACUUUAUUUUUUCGUCUAUCAUGUUUCCUUGUAACUUAUUGCAAGUAAUAGACGCCAAUACAAUUGUUGAUAUGAUGCAGUGUUGAAUGAAGGAAUGUAUUUGCAAUUCCUUAUUAUCCAUGUAACAUAUAUCAACUAGUUGGUGCUCUUUAUAAUUCGAAUGAGGUAGUAUUUAUAUUUUUUUUUAUGAAUUCGAAUUUUAAAAACGAUAGAUUAGAUACACAGAUAUUCUGUAAUAUAUAAGUACAAUAUAUGUAUUAGUAAAUACAAUUAACAAAUUAGCAAUUUGAACUACUUAAUAGUUAUUUAAUUUUGGCAUGUUACCACAAAUAAACAGUGUGUGAAUAUUGAUUUAAUCAUAUAUUUAUUAUAUUUAAAUAAUUAAAUUAUUAUUUUUUAUUAGACCAUGUUAUGUUUUAUAUAAUUUUAUAUUCGAAUCGGGAAUGUAAAAACAGAGUACUAGUUUGUGUACAAAGAUUUAUAGAGUAAAAAUAGUGCAUUUUUUUUUUAUUUUUUUUUUAUUAACCGGUAAGUCUUCAAUCGUCACAGACUCUUAAGGGCGUCCGUCACAUGUUACAUUCCAUGUUUGUUUUCAGCUGUCCCAUACAUUAUAUGAGCGUUGAGGCUUACAGAUGUCGAUGGGCCCUUACCAUAAUGGCGUUUUUAUAUGGGUUCUAUUCAACAUGGACUUUUAGGAGGUCGAUUACAUUUUUAAAUGGGUUGCCUGUCGCGUACUUAUAAGAUUAAACAGAGAAAUGAGAUUAUUCCAUACAGACAUCAAGCAUAUUUAAUCGACCUCCUAACCUCUUCUUGUUUCACGUCAAGACCCGUGUAAAACUACUAGCUCUAUGCUGUUAACGUAUUUAUUAAAGAAAUGAGUGAUUUUUUUUUUAAAAUAAUUUAUUUGUAAAGGAAUAGUUUUAAUGGACCUGUACAGAUUGUAAACAUUAUGGGUUUAGCUUGUGACCGCGCCGGGCGGCUCUAGGAAUAGUUUAAUACUUUGAAACGCUUGUCAAACAAGUGCACAAAGUGUAAAAGAUGUAAUUCCUUAUAGUGGAAUAAGCAAUAUUAAUAUUCGGUGAAAUUGACAGUUUUUUUGAUUAGUUCAGUAUAGUUGAAAUUACUUGGGGCCUUGGACAAGCGGCGAACGAUUUCAUUUCAAUAUAAAAAAAAAACGCUAUUUGGUGAUGAGAAAUAGCGUGAGUGUACGGUGUAUCAUCGUCAGCAACGGGGCGGUAAGCUGAUUGUGUUUUUAGGUGUAAAGAAAUAAAGAUCAUUUUACUUUGUGAAGACUGAAGAGUAAAUGUAACAUAAGAAAGGGAUCGUUUACCGCUUAUACAAAGGCUCUGGUUGUUGCCUAGAUUUUCGGGGCAUAGUACUAACAAUUUGGCUGUUAUAAAAUCUCCCUUUCACUAAAUAUACGAUAAAUGAGGGGAAUUUAAGAUAUAGUUCAAAUUAUACGCUUCCACGUGUUCGUGCGUUUAUUCGCGUGGAGGCCGUAAGCGUUUGCGACACGUCUUGUACAGUGACGACAGUUGUUGUUACUUAACACUUUGUUACCACCUUGUUGUAGUAACUAAAUAUCAAGAGUGCAUUAUAUUACCUGGCAACAUUUAAACAGCUUCGCCCGUGACUUUGUUCACGUGCAAUAAGUAGAGAGGUUUGAAAAAAAAAAACAACUGAAUAUAUUUAAACAAUUUUAAAUAUGCUGAAUACAUUUUAAAAGUUAUUUAAUACUAAGUGUUAAUUGAAAUAUGAUUAAGUCAGUACUAAAAUGUUAAAAAAAAAAUGGGAAACAUUAAAUGAAAAAUCAAAUAGAUUUUGGUAGUUUUUUUAAUUAAUUCAGGAAUAUUUAAUAUCGUUUAUUUUUAAAUUUGCCAGGUAGUGUUGCCAGUUUGAACUCUUAAAAUAUUUAGUAACAGUCAAUAAUGUAAGAAUUACUAAAGUGUUUCCAUAACAAUAAAGUCGACUGCGAAUACUCAUUCUCUAAAUGUCUUUUUAAAAAUAAAAAAGAAAUAGCUUUUCAGAAUACGUUCUGCCAUGUUCUCUUCUUGAAUAUCAUAUAUUUCUGUAUUUUAAAUUAUUUAUAUUAGAAAUAUACAUAGAGAAUGAGAUUUCAAAAUCGGUUUCAAUAGAGUUAAUUCUGGGAGAUUAUUCCUUAAAUUUGUCUCUAAAAUUUUAAUUUUUAACGUUUAGCGAAAAUGUUAUAUUAUGUACCAUUAAAUUUAAACAUUAUACUGAUCCGUAGAAUAAUAAUUUCGCUGUAAUACUGUUUACUAAAAUUUUAAUUUAGAGUUAAAUGGUUAUUUAGAAUCAACUCUAUUGUAUGCGUUAUGGCCAAGACCCGCGUCGCCGUAGACUUAGUGACUCCUCGAUGCCGGACGCAAACGUAGGGCACACACAAAUUAACAUAUAAGCCUCUCCAGUGUCCAAGUUUGUUGACCAUUGGCUGUCUACUUAACGCGUUGUAACUGAGCAUAAAGCCAGUUUGUGAUUCUAAACUUAAUCUAUAGAGUAACAUAUUAAUAAAUGUACCGCUUUCGGCUAAAAUGUAAUUAUUGCGACAACUAGCGGUGUUUUUGUAUUAGUGUUAACGUUGUUGGACGAUUCCUCUGACCUGUUGAUAAUUAGCGUAGGGAAGAAUCCAAUAUUUGUCCGCUAAACAGAACCUUACUUCAUUGGAAUAAGAUGCAGUUUUUAGUAUAGAUUUAGAUCGGGUCAAUUUCGUAUAGUACCACUAUAGAAGUCAUAUGUUUAAGGUAGGGAGUUUCGAAUGUAGGCUGUUAAUUUAGUGUCGUUGUGCAAUUAACGCUUUGUCUACUGUCAACGCGAUAUUGAAUGGACGGCGCUGUCAAAUAUUCAAAUACAGAAUGUAUUUUUUUUUACACUCGGAAUGCGUGGCAGAGCAAAGGCGUUAAAUGGACAACGACCCAUAUUGUCCAACCAAUGCUUUGUUAUAAUGAGAAAGGGUGCGACUAACUUCGUUUAACGUUAUAUAUUAACUUAUAAUUUGUCAUACGAUUGUAUUUACGUCAAAAUGGGCAAUUUGUAAUAACAAGGUUGUGGUGGGAAUACAUUUAGAAGGCGAUAAUUCGAUAAUUUAAUAUAAAAAUAUUACGUUUACACCUGAAAAAGUACAGAAGUGGAAGUUCGUACAUUUUGAAACAGUGUUCUACUUAAUAACGUUGUUGUUUCUUUGUACAAGUCAAAAGUUCUUUGUUGAUAGUUUUUAAAUAAAUAAUAUAACCCCGACGCAUUUGGAUACACACUGCCAUCUAAAGGCACAACCGUUACGCCAUAGUAGUAAUCUAUUGACCGAUCCUUAAUACAGGCUAUGUUUAUGAUAAGGUCAAAUUAUUUUAUAAGGGGCCGUAAUGUUUAUAGCUAUUCCAGUUGAAAUAUUUUUAUAAUGCUUGUUUUCAUUAUUUUAAAUAAUACAAUGUCCAUAAAAUACCAAAUUAGAAUGCUGAAUUUUAUAUUAUUUCGUCUAACCAAGAUAUGGCAUGCCUUGUCCAUUUUAUUGCCAUAUAUAUUAGGUAUUAUAUAAUAUAAAGCAAUAAAAUAAACAAAUAUAACUUCAUUUAAUAAUUUCAAUAUACUUUGUGUUAGAAAUAUUUCCAAACAGAUUGCUGUUUCAUUCUACGGGUGACAUCCCCUUCUAUAUUGUACCCGCUUUAAAUAUUUGUUUUGGACACAUUUUUAUUUUUGACAAAUGGCAACCCCAUUGAUAAUAAGAGCUGUCAUUGAGAAAAUGAAAUAAAUAAGGUUAUUUUGUUAUCUAUGUUUCUAGACUACUCUUGUCUAAUUUUGUAAUGCUGUCAUCAGCGGGAUAUUUACUAGGAUUUUGUAUAGGACUCUUUAUUAUAUAGUGGACUGGGAAAUAUAGUACAGUGUACAAAUUUUGACAUAUAUUUAUUUAUUUUUUUGCUUAAUAUCAUUUUAUAAUUCUGUCUGCCAAUUCAUUAAUGGUGUUAUUCACAUAAAUGACGAGAAAUUUAAAACUAAAUAAAAAUUGCGGUACUUGGUUUUCGAAAUAAUAUAUUGUUUUUUAUUUCGCCGAAGUACAUCACAACUGGAGCAGCUUAUAGAAACAUAUUUGAACAAUAUUGUCUUAAUAUUUAGGUAACACUAAGUGGAGGAAAAACUAGUCUGUUUUUUUUUUGUUCACUUCGCAAUAUCUUAUUUAAUUUUAAACUUCUUGUGUUUGUUCUUGCAUUUAUACCGUGUAUUCACUAGUCAACAUUUUUAAUGCAUUCUUACAGUAAUCAUGAAGUAAUCCAAAUGUCUAUAAUGUGCAAGCACACAAUUGAUUGAUAUUUCUUACAUUCUACUUUUAUGACAUAAUUUCUCUGUCUUUUUUGUUUUUAAAUGUUUCUAGUGUAUACAUGGUUUAAGGGCUGUCACAAUAAAACAUAAUGUGUAAAUAACGAUGUCGCAUUGUAUACCUUUUGACUGGCUCUUUAUAAAACGCUACAACUAUAGAACAGCUUAUAUUUCAUAUAGUACUGCUCAUCGUAGCCUAUGUUCACUCUGAAAGUAGGCUAAGAUUAGCUAAAUAUUAAUAACACAUUAAUAUGUAAUAAAUUUCUAUAUCUUAAUGUUUCAAUCUUACAAUGCCGCAUCGGGGGAUUGUGGCAGCCCUGACACCUUUUGAACUUUGGCAGUAACAAAUAGUGAGAUACAUAGCGGAUGAUAUUUGUUAUGGGUUCUGUAGAUGAGCCAAGCGGCUUGAAGUACCUUACAAACUUCGUCUAUCUUACAAGCAUUAAAAUAUGUGCUUGAUUCAAGCCGCUUGAUCAUCAUUAGACACCAUUCAAAUAUAUAAUUGUUUAUUAUCUAUUAAUUAGGUACAUACCAAUCCGCUGCUUUUACAGGUGAAAUUAUAAUGGCGACUAGUGUUUUUCUUGUAUCGAUUACAAUUAUGAUCAUUCAUAAAUAAUUUACAGCAUUUAUUUAUAAUUUAUUUUGUUUUUUUUUUUCUAUAUUUUACAAGAUAUGGAUAUUUAUCUUGAUCUGCCUAGGAUGAAUUAGCGGUUACAGUUCCAUGUGCGAUACAUAAAAAAAUAUUUUGAGAAUAUAUUUUUAUGAAUGACAUUUUAUGGUUACAAUUUCAGAACAGAAAUAUGUUUAUAAUAUCAUUGAAUAAUCAAUAUGAACUACAAUAUGAAAGUGGAAAUAUUCUUGCAGUCAUUAAUUUGUAUUUUCUGGGCAAAUAAAGCGUUAAUGAAUA